AUGAUCAUCCAAACUCAGUCCUUGGAGAUUGAUUCUGUUUUCGUGACGGAAGCCCAUCUGAAAAAUCAUUUCCCCAGUCUCUGCUGCAAAGAACAUCUUGCGCAAAUUCUGGAGGCUUUAGCGAAGCGUUCAAGUGCUCGAGAUCAUCGAAAGUAUUGCCCGCGAUCAUUGCAACCCCCUGAGAAGCUUUCCAAAGGUCGACGGGUUAGGAACCUUCCCAACUUUAUAGUUGUGUCUCUCUUCGGGUUGUAG